AUGGGAGGAAAUCACACACAGAUUAAAUUCAUCCUAUUUGGAAUUACAGACAGCCCAUGUGCACAGAUCCCUCUUUUUGUCUUGUUUCUACUGAUUUACAUUGUCACUAUUGUGGGGAACAUUGGCAUUGUCACAUUGGUGCGGGUGUCUCCCAGCCUCCACACCCCCAUGUACUUCUUUCUCACCCAUCUUGCCUUCAUUGACACCUGCUAUUCCACAGUCAUCUCCCCCAGGAUGCUGGCAGACCUGUUAGCAGAGGACAAAACCAUCUCUUUCGCUGGCUGCAUGAUGCAGUUCCUCACCUUCGCUUUCUUUGGUAGUGCUGAGUGUCACCUCCUGGCCAUGAUGGCCUAUGACCGGCACGUUGCCAUCUGCCAGCCCCUGCUUUAUGUGACCAUCAUCUCCAGCCGUGUCUGCUGGCAGCUCAUAGCAUCAUCCUACAUAUUCGCCUUCCUCAGUGCCAUCGUCUACACAUGGUGCGUGUUUGGAGGUUCCUUCUGUGGUCCCAACCACAUCGACCACUUCUUCUGUGAUGUUGUCCCUGUUCUAAAGCUCGUGUGCUCCGACACCCACAGCAGUGAAAUGGUCAUCUUUGCCUUUGUCACUGUCAAUGAAGUGGGUGCAGUCGUGGUCAUUUUGCUCUCCUACAUCUCUGUCAUCCGCACCGUGCUGAGGAUGUGCUCAGCACAGAGCAGGGCCAGAGCCUUCCACACUUGCACCUCCCAUUUAAUGGCUGUCACCUUGUUCUUUGGGACAGCAUUCUUCAUGUACCUACAACCUCCAUCUAGCCACAGGAACCUGGAUAAGGUGGCCUCCAUCAUCUACACUGUGAUCACACCCAUGCUCAACCCAUUCAUUUAUAGCCUGAGAAACAAGGAGGUGAAAGGGGCUCUGGACAAGUGUACAAGGAGGGUCUUCAACCACUGGAAAGUUGGCAAUGAUGAAGCAGAUACAAGUCUAAGUCAAGUCAGUCCCUGGCCAGCAUCCAGUCCAGAAACUGCCAAACAGAUCCUCGAUAAAGCCUACGUCACCAUCAAAGGAUUCCUUAGAUGUGCAGAACCCCUACUAAACUGGAAAACACAACUGCUCUAA